GUGAGUGACUGUGCAUGUGCAAUGGACCUAAAUGAAAUUGUGGUCUCUUGGAACCAUUUGUAUAUUGUUCUAAGAAACUCAGUGAUAAGAUCUUGGGACACUACGGGUGGCAUAUUAAACAGUUUUCGCUUUCAUCAGUAAACUUUGUAAUGAAUUAUAAUAAUAAUGACGAAUUAAGUGGUUCUGAAAGCCUAGAAAUCGAUAAUUUCUAUUUAAAAUUUAAGGUAGAAAUGAAAUAACUCGCAAAUCACAACAAAAAGGUAAAAAUGGCCGGAAUUGGAAUGUGCGAAACCCCUGGUUGCAAAUCAAUUGCCCAGUUACAGUGUCCAACGUGCAGAAAGCUCGGCAUACAAGGCUCGUUCUUCUGCACUCAAGAAUGUUUCAAGGGCUCGUGGAAAACGCACAAAAUCAUCCAUUCUUUGGCGAAGGGGGAGGGUGCUGAUGGAGCGAAGGGUGAGUUCAACCCGUGGCCGUCGUACGGGUUCACAGGGACUCUGAGGCCGUUCCCGCCUGGUCCGAAACGGACGGUGCCUCCUCACAUAGAGCGGCCGGACUAUGCGGAUCACCCGACCGGGUUCCCGGCGUCGGAGCACGCGGCGAAGGGCUCGGGGCAGAUCAAGGUGCUGGACGAUGAGGAGAUCGAGGGCAUGAAGGUGUCCUGCCGCCUGGGACGCGAGGUGCUCGAUGAAGCUGCCAGGGUGUGUGAUGUGGGCGUGACCACGGAGGAGAUAGACCGGGUGGUGCAUGAGGCUUGUGUGGAGCGAGAGUGCUAUCCGAGCCCGCUCAACUAUCACAACUUCCCCAACAGCUGCUGCACAUCCGUCAAUGAAGUCAUCUGCCACGGAAUUCCUGAUCUGAGGCCUUUGCAGGAUGGAGAUCUGUGUAAUGUAGAUGUGACUGUCUACCACCGAGGGUUCCAUGGUGAUCUGAAUGAGACAUUCUUUGUUGGGAAUGUGCCGGAAUCAUCCCAGCGGCUGGUGCAAGUCACAUAUGAAUGUUUGUCCAAAGCCAUUGCUAUUGUGAAGCCCGGUGAAAAGUACCGGGAGAUUGGGAAUGUUAUUCAGAAGCACGCACAAGCAGCCGGCUUCAGUGUGGUCCGUUCUUACUGUGGUCACGGCAUUCACAGGCUGUUCCACACCGCUCCUAAUGUGCCACAUUAUGCAAAGAACAAAGCAGUGGGCGUGAUGAAGGCGGGCCACUGCUUCACCAUCGAGCCGAUGAUCAACGAGGGCGGCUGGCGCGACGAGCAGUGGCCCGACCACUGGACCGCCGUCACCGCUGAUGGGUCUCGUUCUGCUCAGUUCGAGCAGACGCUGCUAGUGACAGAGACGGGUUGCGAGAUCCUGACGAAGCGCGCCACCGGCCGCCCUCACUUCAUGGACCAAAUGGAGAAGCUUAACUCCUAGUAUGUGAUAAUCCCCUAGUACUUUGUUGUUAGUUGGCGAUCCACUGAGACAGUAUUUGUUUGUAGGAAAUAAUAGUGUCUAGGGUUAUUGUAAACUUAUAUAACUUAUGAUGAUGAGCUUUUAUGUUAAAAUAUUAUGAAGUAAAAAAAGAUCUAAUUACUUUGUAGUUUUCGCACAAAAUGUUUUAAUUAAUGCAAAGAUAAAGAGUUUUCUACUUCAAACUCUCUAAUUACUUUUGUAUAUUGUAGUUCUAUACCCUAGUUUUAGUUUAUGGUAAUGUUCUAUAUUACAAGCGAAUACACUGCCAUUUAAGAUUAAAAAGAACAAAAUCCUUAUAAAAUACAAUAAUGUCUCAGUGGAUAAGCCCGUCAAAUUGUUUGUAGGUAAUAUUACACUGUAAAUUAUAAAUGUAAGCGGACAGAAGAAUAAACGCAUUCAUCUAUUUUUCGUAUUUCCGAUAAACAUCUCUGUACGGCUAAGUACUGGGACUAAUUAUGGUCAAUUAUGAAAUAGGUAUAAAUACCAGCAAUCUUAUAGUCCCGAAACGACAAUAUUAUAGGUAAUUCGUCAGCGUUCAAAAACUACACUGUAGAAAAUUACUAUUUGUUCUGAAAGAUAUCUUAAAUCCCGCGUGACUGUCUGUACUUUAUAAACUGUGGUUUAUUUCAAUCAAAUUCUCUUGGUAUCCUAAUAAUUAUGUAUAAUAUAUUUUUUCUUGUUUGAAGUACAUCACAUUAUGUUAUUUUAUAUUGUUGCAAUAUGUUCGUUUGAAGAAUACAUUUACUAUUAUUUUUUUCAAGUUCUAUCUAUUAUUGUACAAAAUAGACUGACGAUGGUUAUAGUAAAGUUGAAGCAGAAUAUUUUAUGCAAAAUUUGUGGUCCUCAGAAAGGAAAAAAUAAAGUCUUGACAUUU